AUGCCGAUUGAUAUUAACCGCCUCCGUCCCGAACGUGGUGGCGACCCGGACGUUGUCCGUGCUGACCAACAGAAGCGCUACCUCAAUGUAGAUAUUGUGAACAAGGUUAUCGAAUUAGAUGAGCAGUGGCGUAAGAAACAGGGCGAGGUAGAGACAAUAAACAUGAAGAUGAAUGCACUGCAACAGGAGAUUAAAAAGCUUAGCAAGGCCAAACAAGGUUUUAAAGCCAUUAGUGAUGAAAGAAAGGAGCUGGCUGCAACAUUGCCUGAAAAGAAGAAGGAAGCUGAAGCGCUAAAGGAACUCGUGGACCGCGAGUUGCCAAAAAUUGGCAACAUUGUAGAUCCCACGGUGCCUAUCUCAAACAACGAGGACGACAACGUGAUCGUUCGGACUUGGGGUACUCCUCACAUAAAAGAAGGGCUCCACUUUCACCAUGAGGUGCUGCACCGCAUCGAUGGCUACGAACCCGAGCGCGGUGUACAGGUAGCUGGCCACCGCGCCUACUUUCUUACAGGCUAUGGGUAUCUGCUUGAACAGGCUCUGAUGUCUUACGCCUCUUCCUUUCUCAUCAAGGCCCACUAUAAAAUGCUCAAGCCGCCUUUUUUCAUGAACAAAGAAUGCAUGGCUGCUGUGGCACAGCUCGACGACUUCGACGAGCAGCUGUACAAAGUCAUUGGUGAGGACGAAAAGUAUCUCAUUGCCACAUCCGAGCAGCCUAUUUGUGGCUAUCACAAGGGUGAAUGGAUAACGGAAAGCGUGUUACCUUUGCGUUACGGUGGAUUCUCCACCUGCUUUCGUAAAGAAGCUGGUUCGCACGGCAAGGACACGUGGGGUAUCUUCCGCGUACACCAAUUUGACAAAAUAGAGCAGUUUUGCAUCACGGACCCCGAGAGUUCAGCUGCCAUGCACGAGGAAAUGAUGAGUCAUGCCGAAAAGUUUUAUCAGUCGUUGAACUUGCCGUAUCGUGUCGUAAAUAUCGUGUCAGGGGAGCUCAACAAUGCUGCUAUCAAAAAGUAUGACUUAGAAGCGUGGUUUCCAGCUUACAAGGAGUUUCGGGAGCUUGUAUCUGCCUCUAACUGCACGGACUAUCAGUCGCGUGCCAUGGAGAUUCGCUGCGGUGUGAAGAAGGAAAAUCAGCGUGAGAAGAAAUAUGUGCACAUGCUUAAUUCGACGCUCUGUGCUUCCACACGUACAGUAUGCUGCAUCCUUGAAAACUAUCAAGAUGAGAAUGGUGUCAAAGUUCCAGAGGUGCUAGUUCCUUUCAUGGGAGGUGUCACGUAUCUGCCCUUCACCCGCGAUGUCAAGGUGAAUGUACAAGCCGCCAAGAUGCAGAAGGCUGCCAAGAAAAAAGACGGCAAGCAAUAG